UUGUACUGUGCUGUCGUCAUUUCAGGGCAUAAUACUACCACAGAUGUACACGGCCGCCUUGGCGAAUGUGGCAAACUUGCUGACGAAUUACAUCUUCAUUAGCGUGCUCGAUCUUGGAGUUUAUGGCUCUGCAGCAGCUUGCACCCUGUCAGAAAUAUACGUCUGUUCCUUCCUGUUUGCUUACAUCUGGUGGAAGAAGCUGCAUAAAACGACAUGGGGAGGCUUUUCUCUGGAGUCGCUGCAGGAAUGGGGCUCCUUCAUGGAACUGGCUAUCCCCAGCACACUCAUGACGUGUUUUGAAUGGUGGAUUUAUGAAUUUGGGGGCUUUUUUGCAGGGAUGCUGGGUAAUGUUGAGCUCGCCGUCCAACAUGCCUUGAUAUCAGUGGCAAACUUAAACUACAUGGUGACGCUUGGCAUCCAGGCUGCGACCUGCGCUCGAGUAGGCAAUGCGCUCGGCUGCGGGGACACGGCAGGAGCGAUCCUCACCUGCAAGGUGGCGCUGUUUCUUUCAGUCACAUUUGGCAUUGCUCAAGCCAUCUUGCUGGGAGCGACUAAAUCUGUUGUGGGCCUCCUCUUCACCUCCGAUCCGAACAUCAUCAAUCUUCUAUCUCACUUGAUGAGCAUUUACUGCUUCCAACAGUUAUUUGAUGGCAUCGUGGGCGUAUCCGCAGGCAUCUUUAUGGGAACCGGUAAGCAAAAGAUAGGCGCGGUGGCUAACUUCAUCGGCCACUACUGCAUCGGACUCUCCGUCGGCAUUGUGCUGAUGUUUGUCUACAAACUCAACAUUUUAGGUUUCUGGGUGGGGCUCCUCAUUUCUGUGGUUCUUCAAUCCGCCUUCUACAUCGUGGUCAUAUUCAAACUCAACUGGAAGAGCAUCACAGACGAGGCGCUGAAACGAGCCCAGGUGAAGACAAAAGUGCCGCUACUGAACACAAGUGCUGCAGCUAAUCUCCAAAGCGGAGAGCAGACACAAUUGCAGCACAAUUCAAUAGAGGGCUUCAUGCACGGGAGCAGCCAAUGUCCCAACGUUGGCUCGGAGAGUCUGCCCGAUGACAAGGAGGAAGCCGGGCAUCUCUCUGUUUCCCAGCUGAUUCUCCGCCGAGGCAUCACCAUGGUUACGGCACUGGGCCUCCUGGCAGUGGGCACCUGUGUGCACAUCCUGGUUCCGCCACCCGAGGGCACGCCGCUGCUCCACGCCAACCUCACGAGCAUCAAUGCCACUCACAGUCCCCUGCAAACGGUUUCCACGUUGGACUGGUGAAGACGAGACGAAAUUUCAGCGAGCCACAACCCUUCUUGUCAAGACUCUGAAUAUUCAUCACUUUUAGUCUCAGCGCAGCGUUUUGUGUAGUUACAAGGUCACAUUAAGUGCAAUUUUGCUUGUUUGAUUUUUGUUUCAUUCCUUUUUUUGUUAAGUAUGCUUGUAUUAAGCAAAAAGAAGGAAUGAUACUGAAUCUAUUUUCUCCUUUAUGAAAGAAACUAUUU